AUGUCUGGGACUGAACUGAAAAGCACUCGAUUCCAGACAGGAGCACAGCAGGAGAGACAAUACCAUACAGCACCCAACUACAACUAUAAAUGGACUGAUCUACAUUGUGAGGCAAGCCGAGGGAACUUUGAGAAACUGCAGGCAUUGCUUCGCAUUGCAGAUGAGGAUCAGGUUAAUCAGAAGGAUUACUAUGGCAAGAGCCCCCUCUACUGGGCUGCAUACAAAGGGCAGCGAGCUUGCAUCGAGUUACUGCUGGAACAUGGUGCCGACGCUAACAGCCAGUGUAAACAUGGGGCAACUCCACUCCAUGCUGUAAUUGGUCUGUUUCCUGAUUGUGCCCUGCUGCUCAUACAGAAUGGAGCAGAUGUAGAUCUUCCUGACAACUGGGGUGUGACUCCCAUGUACUUGGCUGCCUGCAGUGGACAACUUGACUGUUUGCGACUGCUUGUCCUUUCCGGAGCAAAAAUCACUUACAGAAACAAGAACACCGGAGAGGCCCCUAAGCAGUUGGCUUCCAAGACCACCUUCCUAUCCUGGAUAGAUGGGUAUCAGAAGAACCCACUAUCAUUGAAGCAAACCUGCCGACUGAAAAUCCGUGAGUUGGUUGGCUAUCGGAGGCUGCAUGCCAUCAGGACAAUUGACAUCCCACAGUCACUGAAAAAUUACCUUAUGUUUGAGGACCUGAUAUUGUACGAUUCUGUAUCAGAAGUUGGUUCCGUAUAACCAUGUUGACCUCUUUUUCAACCCCAAUAUUAUUUUUCAGUAACAUCAGUGCCAGAUUCCAUGACAUUCGAAGUGCCUGUUAUUCUGUCACUCUUGUUCCGAGCCCAUCAGUCUGAGUUCUGUGUUCAAAUGCUGCUGAGAAGGAUGCAAUGUCUUUUAUUUGCUGGAAUUUAAUUUUUUUAAGUAUUUAUUCAUAUUAAGCAAUUUCUUAACUGUUUCACCCCAAAAAAUGGACACCAAGCAGUCUUUUUCAGACUUAAUGAUCAUUUCAGGGAGCCUGCAACAGGAGUAAACCCUGGAACUCAGAAUGACUGUCAUCACAGAAUUUCAGUAAAUGGAAUGAGACUCAGAACAGUAAGGUACUUCCUGUCAGUAAUGAUAAGGCUGUUUGUUAAUUGAUCCAUUCAUACUGUAACAUCAUGCAGUUUCAGCAAGGAGUAUGUCAGUCUUCCCCAUUAUCAAACUAAUAAUGUAACAAUAGCUCCCUCAUGAAUGCACCUGACGGUUACAUUGAAUUAUAAAAUUGGGUGAACAUGCUGUUUUACCUUUAUUAAAAGUUUGAAUAAA